AUGGCAGCCAUCAAAUAUCCAUCCACCCCGGCCUCGAUCUCCCUCCGCCAUCACCAGACAAACAUGGAAGCAUCUCGAUCUGCUAAUGCUGGGAGACGCCAGAGCGAAGAAACUCUGGCCGACGUCCAAGCCAGUCUCGAACGUAUUGUCCGACUUUACAACUAUGGGAAGCCACUAUUCCCACGAAGACUCCUGAAAGACCUUCACGAGCAGAUCAGUAAAGGAUAUGAAAGAGUCAGUAUCCCAGACUGGGAUGAUCAACCACAUACAUAUAGCCUGAAAGUCCCUGAAAAUUGCACCAAAGAAUCCGACACUUAUGUUAUCAACUACAGCAGCAUCCAGCGCUUAACAUAUUUCAAUCCACAGUUACCCAAACUGCUCUUAGAGCCCCCAUGCCCGAUUUCCAUUGGUUACACACGCAGUCCAAGCCACCCUGGCAUCACUCUCAAAGAGAUUCAUGAUGCAUUCAAACAGAUCCGCCGGGGGUGGCAGGAUAGCGAGACGUGUUCAAACCUAGAGGGCUCCUUUGUGCAACCAAGGUUCUGGUCUAGCACAAUCACCAGAAUCGUUGCAUUUGGACUAGGGACCCUCGGUAAGGCGGAAUUCGGGAACGUGUCGGUUCGUUCUUAUGCACAGCACGCCGCUAUGCUAACCAUGGCGACUAUUUUGAAGGAGAAGCGCAUCAGUAAAGGACAGGAUGUACAGUGUUUUGCCCAGGACCCGUGGUACGAUGAGAAGGAUGUUGAUUUUCUGAGAGGUCUCGGUAUCACGGUGGUGAAUGACCCUGAGGGGUUUCUGAUGAUCGAUGAACACACGCUGGUAUUCUCUGUCUGUCCUAAUAUUCCGGUUAGGCAGAUUGUGGCGGAUGUGCAGUGGCCGGCGGCGAUAGUUUGGAAUAGUCCGCUUCCAGAGGGACAGAUGAAUGAGUGGAAGAGCAGGUUGGGAAAUGGGGAGGUGUUUUGGACAGGUCCGAUGAUGACGGAUCCUGAUUCGGAGAGGGUUUGUGAGAUGCUUCGGGAUUAUGAUGGUGCGCGACUGGUCGAUCAUGGUGAUUAUUUUGGCGAUUUGACGGUUUAUGCGAGAAGGGUGCGUUCUUAG